CCCAUCUGGGUGCCCAUCAAGGUCCCUGCCUGGAAGGAAAUUCAGGUUCCGGCCUGGAAGAAAUACUCAAAGCCCAUCUGGGUGCCCAUCAAGGUCCCUGCCUGGAAGGAAAUUCAAGUUCCCGACUGGAAGAAGAUUUGGGUUCCAGAGCUAGUCAAACAAUGGGUUCCCGGACCUAAACACCUAGGCAAGGACGAUCACGGCUGGGAAUACAAAGCACACGACAUCUGGAGGAAAAAGGUCGUCUGGAAGGCACACUGGAAGAAGAUCUGGAGAACUGAGAAGAAGCAAAUCUGGGUAGAAAGCAAGAAACUGGAAUGGAAGGAAGAAUGGAAGCAAAUCUGGGUCCCCAGCAAGAAGCAAAUCUGGGUUGAGAGCAAGAAACUGGCGUGGAAGGAAGACUGGAAACAAAUCUGGGUCCCCAAGAAGAAGCAAAUCUGGGUGGAAAGCAAGAAACUGGCGUGGAAAGAGGCGUGGAAACAGGUCUGGGUGCCAAGCAAGAAGCAAAUCUGGGUUGAUGACAAGAAACUGGAGUGGAAAGAAGACUGGAAAGAAAUCCAAGUGCCCGCCUGGAAGAAGAUCUGGGUUCCUGCGUGGAAGAAGAUCUGGAAGCCGGUCUGGAUUUCCGAAUGGUUCCCCAUCCCCGAGCACAAACCUCACCACGAGGGCUGGGACCGCAAGGACAACCUCCAGCAGGCGCAGCCCCAGCCACAGCCCCAGCAGCAGUGGGACAGAUCGUGGCAGCAAGCGGCGCAGCAGCAGCAACAGCAGUUCGCCGAACAGCAGAGGUGGAGGCGGCAGGACAGUAGUCCACUCGUCGCCUUCCCCCAGCAGCCCGUGCAGCAGCCUGUCCAGCAGGCUGUCCAGCAGCCCACCGAGUACCUGCAGCCUCCCGCCGCGUGAGCGCCGAGGAGCUACCACCUAGAACUAACCUGCUCAACAAAGAGUAAAGGUCUUCGGUCUCCAGCGGCCGACUGUUUUCCCCAGGCUUGAGAGGCCAAAGACCUUUGCCCCGCCAGGUCCCCUUGUGCGCAAAAUGAAAACGAUUUUUACUGAUAUUGAAAACAAAGUUACCAGACCCGUGAUCAAUAAAUAUAAAAUGUCAAGGUGAUACCAAAAAAACGAAAAGAAAACAAAAACAAAGGAUAGACGACGAUUGUCUCUCCGUAUUAAUUUUUGAAACCAAAAUCUUAGAGUAACAAAAUGUUUUGUGCCGACCUGUUGUUAAUAACCUGAAACUUGUGACUGUCUUCGUGUGUGUAUGUGUGUGUCUGAAUGUGUGUGCGAAUGUGUGUGUCUUGUACAUAUUGUUAUGUUUGUAAACACAAUUUGUUAUGUUUGUUCCUUUUUAAGUAAAUGUGUUUGUACAAAUGAG